AUGACAGUUGACGACCAUGAUGUUGCAGGAUUCCAGGGGUUGAUGAGAUCAUUGAACUUGGAUUCUAGUGAGUUUAAGCAGUACGAUCCAUCAAGCUUUCCCACAUACAGUUUUGAGCAACUACUGAAUUUGAAGCUUGAGAUUGAGUCUCAGUUGAGGAUACUCUUUAAUUUGCUAGAGCAAAAAUACGGAGCCAAUAUGGAAACGAGAUUAGUCAGUUCAGACGGGUUUCCUAGAAGCGAUAUAGAUGUUGUGUCCAUCAGGUUGAUUCGAGUCCAGAUUAUUCGAUUGAAGAAUGACUACAAGGAGUUGUUGAAGGUGCUAGACUCCAAAGUGGCGGAGGAGUUUUCAAGGAGACAAAGUGAAGUGGGUGACGAGCAAGUACAAACUGAACUGAGGCAGCCGCAGCAACAGCAGAAGCGACUGCAACAGCAGGCAAAUCCCACGAUCCCAUUCGCGCAAGUCAAAGAGGUUGUGUCAGGUGGUCCUGCUGAGUCGGCAGGCUUACACGAAGGCGACUUGAUCAUUGUAUUUGACAACGACAUACAUGCACUAAAUCACGAUAAACUAUCUAAAUUGGUUGAGAGGGUGAGGGCCAAGCCUGGUGAAAAACUACUGGUGUCUAUCAAACGUGGUGACAAAAUCUUGGAUUUAACUCUAGAUACCAAUGCAACGUGGGAUGGCAAGGGAAUCGGGUGUCGUAUUGUACCUGUGUAA